UGGGGGUGCAGCGCGCCCUGGAGGGGAUCGGGGAUCUUAUUGUAUUCUGAUGUUUGCAGACUGAACACCUGCGCUGCUAAUGAAGGGGCUGCAGGCCUCGUCCUUGGAACAGGAACUUUAGGGCUCUUGCACACGAGCGGAUCCCGUGCGGGUUUUGAGCAGCCACGUGACCCACAUCAAGGGGACCUGAACUGUAGACACUUUAUUGUCUCCAAUAAUUAAUCAAGAAAAUGUCGAGCUCCUCAUCUUUGAACAUCUCUGGAGCCAUACAGUCAGUGGCUGAGAUCUUCCAACGCCAUCGUUUGCCUCUGCUCUGUGCAGCCGGGGUUGGAGUCACAGCAGUUGCUUCUUGGAUGUGGUGGAGACGAAAAUGUGGGGAACAUGUGGAGCUGAGAAAAGUAGGUACAGUCUCCCAGCUUCUUAUACACCCCAUCAAGUCAUGUCAAGCCAUCUCUGUGCAAGAAGCAGAGUGUCUGGAGCUGGGGUUGAGACAUGAAGAACUUUGGGAUCGGCACUGGCUGGUGGUGACUGAGGAAGGUCAGAUGGUGACUGGUCGGCAGGAGCCACGAAUUGUGCUUAUAUCUGUGACUGGCUGUGGAGACUCUCUCUGCCUUGAAGCCCCAGGGAUGGAGAAGAUAAUGGUCCCAGUAGUACAGCCCAAGAGUAACAAAAUUUUGGAUUGCCGAGUAUUUAGCUGUGACAUCCAGGGUCGGGACUGUGGAGAUGAGGUGUCUCGUUGGCUGACUUCCUAUUUUCAGAGUAGUGGACCCUACCGCUUGGUGCAUUUUGAGCCUGAUAUGAUGAAGCCACGGAAGUCCAAGAAUGCAGAGAGACCUUUCCGGGAGAAAGAUAUCGUUGCCUAUCCCGAUGCCAGUCCCAUCAUGCUGCUGUCUGAAACAUCACUGGAAGAACUCAACAGACGACUAGAAGAACCUGUCUCACUGGCAAAUUUUCGACCUUGCAUUGUUGUGUCUGGGUGUGAGGCGUUUUCAGAGGAUGGUUGGGAUGAUGUAAAGGUGGGCACCGCAAGACUGAAGAGGGUCAUGGCAUGUGGUCGAUGUAUCUUGACCACAGUGAAUCCAAAAACUGGAGUUUUGACCCGGCAAGAACCACUGGAUACACUGAGAACCUUCCGACUGAGUGAUGAGUCCUUGAGCCACCUCUACAAAAAAGCACCCCUCUUUGGCCAAUAUUAUGGGGUUGACAAAAUUGGAAAGUUAAGAGUUGGAGAUCCAGUGUAUCAAGUGGUCCGUCAGGGAUAGAAACUAUUCUGGUAUUCCCCGGCUGACAAUCCAUAUGGCCACUGUGACAUCUUCAACAGGAGUUGUCACUCAACACUAUAGUCCUGAAUGGCAAAUCUUCCUUGACAUGGGAAGAGGGAUGCAUGACUACACAAUUGGGCCUCAUGCAUACGUCCAUAUCCAUUUUGUGGUCUGUAAAUUGCAGAUCUGACGUCUUGCAUCCACAUUUCUUGUGGACCCUUUGACUUUAAUGGGGCUGUGGUCUGCAUUUUGCAGACCCGUAUAGGACAUGUUCUAUCUUUUUGUUGUAUGGACAUACGGAUGUGGAAAGCAAAAUGCGAACCGCUGACCCAUUAAAAACAAUGGGUCCGCAAAUUAAAUUGAGGAGGGCACGCGCUAGUGUCCAUAGGGCCUUAUGCCGGUUUGCCAUUCAGGAGUGUUGACCAUAUUGGUUAUUGCCCAGUUUUUGGAAAAACUCGUAGUUAAAAAAAAUAUAUAAAAAUGUCCCCUCAUGUGCCUGGCGCUCCACAUGAAAUAUACUUACCCCGGGCGCCGCUCCUGGUCCCCGCACUGCCACUGCUGCUUCUCCCUGCACACGGAUGAAAACAUCCGCUGUCGGGGGGAGCAGCCAAUGGGGGACGGGGGAAGAGCCUCCCUAGCAACGCUGGUGACGCUAGGAAGGCUCGUCCCUGCCUGCCAUUGGCUCCUUCCCCCCCGACACCGGAUGUUUUCAUCCGUGUGCAGGGAUAAGCAGCAGCGGCGGUGCAGGGACCAGGGUAAGUAUAUUCCAUGUGGGGUGCCUGGCACAUGAGGGGACAUUUUUAUACUCUUGGAGAACCCCUUUAAUGACAAGAUAAUGACUCAAACAGCGCCACAUCAAUCCGAAGGAUAUGUCUGGUAUUGCACCCCAUUGAAGCUGCGACGCCACACACAACCUGUAGACAAGUGUGGCCCAGUUUCAGAAAACAACUGUAUUAUUAUUAUUUUUUUCUAAUCAUUUAUAACUUAUUUUAAUUUGUAGUCUAGUUAAUUGUGGUUGAUUUAACCCUGCAUCUGCCAGGUGUUGGCACUGGUUGUACCCCUCAUGUAGCCGGAUCCCUAUAUUGUAUGGUCCCUGGGUUAUCAGUAACAGUGAUUGAAAUAUUUACUUUCUGAUGCUAAACUGGAAAUAUAGAUUAACUGGAUUACAAUACAAUAUCUCAUGAUUUACUGUGAUCACAUUGCAGAAGACUGCACAGUAUCUUCAUCAUCGUCCACAAUCAUGGGGGACGGGCCUCUGUACCAAUCCUUGGAUAAUAAAUAUACAUGUGUACACGCA